AUGCAUAUAGAAGCCGGCAGCUACUUUGGCGACUUGUUUUCAUUUACUACGCAAAACAGAUAUAAAAAUUAGAUUCCAUCUUCUACGCCGAUCUCACUGAAAGAACAGUAGCUAAAGCCCUCAAUCAGCAAAAAUAGAGUCCGAUCGCAAGAGGAAGAAGUCGGCGGAUCAGGCCGACAACCACCACCACCACAAACACAGGCAAAGCAGCAGUAGCAAGAAGACGAAAAUGUCAUCGUCGGAGAAGGUGAGGGCUUCCCACAUUCUGAUUAAGCACCAGGGCUCACGCCGCAAGUCGUCCUGGAAGGAUCCCGACGGCCGCGUCAUCUCCGCCACCACCCGCGAAGAAGCCGUUGCGCAGCUCCAGGCCCUGCGCUGCGAUAUCCUAUCCGGCGAUGCUUCCUUCAAGGACCUCGCUUCCCAGAACUCUCACUGCAGCUCCGCCAAGCGCGGCGGCGAUCUCGGUUCAUUUGGAAGGGGUCAGAUGCAGAAGCCUUUUGAAGAAGCAACAUUCGCACUAAAGCUUGGGGAGAUAAGUGACAUAGUGGAUACUGACAGUGGAGUUCAUAUCAUCAUGAGAACAGGUUAACUGCCUAUUCAACUUCGCUGGAUGCAAAAUUUGACAUAUUAAGCAGAAGGGAGAGCUUCUCCUUUUAAUUGGGAGCAAUAGGUUCUUGAUUCUGUAUUGCUUAUAGCCAAAAUAUCUAAAGAUUUGCAACUCCUCUUUGCUCCGAAUAGCUCACAUUUUAAACCUUCUAUUCUGCAAUUUAUGUACAAAAGCAUUCGAUCAUGGCAUCUCUCUGCAUAGACAUUCUUUUGUGUGAUGCCAGUCUAUCUGCCUUUUUCCUUGUGCCCUUGUGCACGAACUCCUAUCUUUUUGCUUAUGAUUCUUCCAGUGAAGGCUUCACAGUUUGCGUGUA